AUGAACAGACUUCUGAUUUUUCUUCUCAUCGCCUCUUUACUGCAAGAUCCACAACUAACUGAGACAAAUCCAGUAACAGGAGACUUAACAAAGAAAAACUGCACCACAACAUUCAGCAACAUGCAGCCUCGUCACAGCAAUGUUUAUAACUUCAGACUGGAAUGUAACAAUGAUCUGAAGUAUACUUAUGAUAAUCUACGUGUAAACAUUGAUGUCAUAGAUAAUUUUCCCUCACCAACUCUGACUCCGUCCACACUGAGGGUGAAGGAGGGAGACUCAGUGAGUCUGACCUGCUCUGCUCCAGCUCCCUGUGUGCCUCAUCCUCCAACUCUGAUAUGGACCCACACACUGGGGCACACUCAGGAGACAUUACAGGAGGAUUGGGACAAAACUCUGGUUAAGACCUCUGUUCUGAGCUUCACUGCUUCUCACCUCCAUCAUAGACAGACAAUCUCCUGCUCUGCUGUCUACAAGAAACAAGAUGGCAGUUCUGAUGCAUCUCUUACCACGAGUGUAAUGCCAGAUGUUUUGUUCCCUUCAAAGAUCCUGCCCUCAUCUAACUGCACUAAAACCACAAGUCAGGUCAACUGUUCCUGUGAAACGAUGGGAAACCCGUCUCCAACGACACUUUGGCAUCUGAAUGGCCGACCUGUUAAUCAAUCUAGCCAGGUGGUGGUCACAAAUGAGUCUCUAAAUAGCUCAUAUCUGAGGAGCAUCAUUACAGUGAAUGAACCACAUGGCAGGGAUCUGUCCACCUUGCUCUGCUUCAGCUACAACUCUUGGGGAUCAGCCAGUAAAAGGUUUUGUGUCAGCUGCCUUGAGAGCUCAAGAGAAGAUCAAGGUCAGAUCCCAAAGUCUGUCUUCAUUGCCACAGUUACUGCUCUUCUACUCAUAGUAUGUGCCUUGCUGUUUGUUGUCUGGUUUCAGAAGACUCACUAUAAACCCACAACGAUCACAGGUGAUUCUGGGACAGUUGCUCCACGUCAACAUUUGAUGAAAGAGAUAAAUGAGGUACCAAACCCAAAUGAAGAUGCAAUUUAUGCCAACUCAGCGGAACUUGGUCACGUAGUGAACCCCCAACCUUCAAAUCCAAAUGAAGUUAACUGCACCAGCUAUAUGACCACUGACAAUGCAGGAGAAACCAGUAAAAGCUUGGAAAAGAAAGACGAAGAUGUGGUUUACACCAGUGUGAACUGGUCAAAGAAGAGAAAAUCAAAGAAGGGAGAGAAUGACGUGAACAUGAAUCCUUCUGGUGACUCCUAUUUGGAGGAGGAGAAGUUUGAGAGGGGGGGCAUGCUUUUUGUGAACUCUGCGAUGGAAAUGGGAAGUCUGUAUGCAGAAGUUAAGAUUAGACCUGGAAGAAAGGAAAUCAUAGAGUGAAAAUGCUAAGGUUAAAUUAAAGAACAAGUGAGUCUGGUAAUAAAGACAAACAAUUUAAAUGGAGGAGCUGUUUUUAAGGCCAUUGAGGAUGAAAAGAACAAUAUCCUAAUAUUUCUUAGGAUGAACCAGAAAUGGUCAAUAUAUUUUGAGAAUUGCUUAGAAUCUCUGAAGAUUGAACACUUUUUCAUUGCAGUUCUUUCACAGAGUUGUUGAAAGGUUGUCUUACUGAUGCAGAGCCAUUGGUCCAAGGAGAGGAACUAACUUUAAGUUGAGUAACUGAGGGGGACACUGCUUGUGCAACGUAAUUUCAAAGAAAUCUUUCACAACUUUGUGUCCAGCCAAACACUACUGAAUAAGAUUCGCUCUACAGAAAAAUACUGUUAGGCAGAAAACCAUGGUGAAGAAAAAAAUUAGGAUGAAAAAGAACAAUAAAGACUGGAAUAUACACAUUUUUGUGCGUUGAAUAAGUGUAUUUAUUAGACUGCUGCAAAUUCUUUUUUGUCAUACCAUUGAAAAGAAAAGGGGAAAAAAAACUUUUUUCUCAUAGUAUCACUUUAACUUUUUCUUCAUUUGUUUGUCUCAAAAAGUGUGCUAUUAUAGUUGCAGGUUAAUUUUCUAAAUCUUUUUAGAUCUUGUUGAAUUGUCAAAGCCUAUCUGAAAGUUAUUUUAUUAUUCUUAAUUAUACAUGAAUGCCAUACUUUUCAUAUGUUAAGAUAAAGUAUUCUUUAAGUAAUCAUUAAACUUUUUAUGACUGGGUCAAGUGUACUCUUUUUUUGCCAAUAUUAAUUUACUCACCCUAAUUUAUACCACUUCUGCCAGGAGGAAUGGACCAGAAUUCAGCAAACUAUUGUGAGAAGCUUGUCAAAAGAUACCCACAUGUCAUGAUUUAAGUUUUUGUGUGUUU